AUGCCCGCAGUCACCCGCAGUCUCAGGUCGUCGACGCGACUGAGCGCCUCAGCGGCAUCAGAGGAGAAGAAGCCGGUGUCGGAAAAGACCAAGGCCACCACGAAAGCCAAAGGGAGCACUAAAGCCACCGAAAAGAAGCCUGAAAAGAAGGAAACGAAAGUAGCCGCUGGAAAGCAGAAGAGGAAAGCGGUCGAGGACGCUGAGCCGGAAGAUGAACCUGAAGCCAAGGCCGAGGAGGAGCCUAAGAAGCCCGCGGCGAAGAAGGCGAAAAAACCCGCAGCUGGCAAAAAAGAGACCCCCGCAAAGAAGACCAAGGAUGAACUGAAAGCUCUCCGGGAUGCCUCUGAUUCUGUUCCUGACAUCAACCCCGAAGCUGAGCGGAGAGAUCCGCCAGAGACCCGGUACUGGCUCAUGAAAUCCGAGCCGGACGUACGGAUCGAGGACGGCUAUGAAAUCAAAUUUUCCAUUGAUGACCUAGCGGCUAAGAAGAAGCCCGAGGGCUGGGAGGGAAUCCGGAACUACGCCGCUCGCAAUAACCUCCGGGACAUGCGCAAGGGCGACAAGGCCUUCUUCUACCACUCAAACUGCAAAGAGCCUGGUAUUGUCGGCAUCAUCAGCAUAGUCAAGGAACAUUCCCCCGACUGCACGUUACCCCCCCCUUCCCAAUCCCCCUUUCUUUCCCCCCGGGGGCCAAGAGCUGACAUGGUACCAGGGAAUGCCUGUAUCAACGACAACCCGUACUACGAUGACAAUGCCCCGCAUGACGGGAGCAAGUGGAGCCUCGUCCAUGUCAAAAUCGAGCACAAGUUCCCUCGCAUCGUGCCGCUGAGCCUGCUGAAGGAAGUCGGACCCAAGGGUCCCUUGCAGAACAUGCAGCUGCUGAAGCUGGGCCGUCUGAGCGUCAACAAGGUCACAAAGGAGGAAUGGGACGAAGUCAUCCGCAUGGCCAAGGAGCUCGACGAGGACAAGGAGUGGGACAAGGCGGUUGAGGAAGGGAAGAAGUUCCCCAACUACUCGGCGGCUUGA